GGAGUCUCCAAAUGUGAAGCAUCUGCAGAACAGUGAGGCAGGCGGCUUGGACAUAACUGAUGAGGGAGUGUCUCAUUCGUGCUUGACAAUAACUUCUUCAGUCUCUCUUUCAGAAAAGGCGAAAGGGCGUCACAUGAUGUCAGAGUAUCCACAUUGUUUAUAACCCCUUUAGUGACAAGACUGUUGAAGGCUAACGACACACCAUUAGCAACUGUAUAAGAACGCAUCUGGUCAUAGUUGUCCACAAGAAGCAACAAAAACUCCAGAAGGGAUUGGGUCAUGCCGACAUACUGUGGCAUGGAACACACCAUCAGAAGCAUUGCCGGCUCAAUAUUCAUUAUGUUGUCCAUUCUUUCAUCAAAGUAAAGCCAGUCAUAAAAUAAUGCCAACUUUGCAUUGGCUUCAACAUACUUCUUUCUAAAACUACUUAGCAACCAACCUAUAAUUGCCCAUCUAGGUACACUAUCAGAGUGAAUAAUUUCGUUAGAUGGAUGAUGAGCACAGCAUAUGAAACGAAUCAUGUCAACUAUAAGAGUCUCCCUCUCCGGCUCAAACAGGAACUUCUUGGCAAACCACGUUUGGUAACGCUUCAGAUGCCUAAACUUGACAUGAACAAGUAAGAACCUCAAUUGAAGCUCCAUUUCUGGGGUGACUCGAAGCAAGAAGUACCUACUUGAGGUCCUAGUAGAGUACAGUUGUCCAACAUCUGAAAACCCCUCAGUUCCAAAUGUAGUUGGAUCCAGAACUAAAUCCUUCCAUAUAUUGCGAAACUCUGGGACAUGAACCAAAUCCUGAAGCAGCCUAACUAGGUCCCUCCCAAUCUUCAUACUCAAAUGAAACUGCUCCCUCAACAUCUUCACACAGAACUCAAUCUCCAAUUUCUUCAAGAAGUCCACUCGGACAUUGCCUGAUACUCUACAAUGAUCGGCUAACAAUCGAAGAUACACAUACAAUGCACUUGUCAACACAGAGGGCUCUUGUUCCAGUAAAGAGAUGAAGUUUGUCAAUAACAGAUUAAUAAGCUCAAAACACAACCAUAAACCCCUAUCAGUAUAAUCACAGCCGACAGUGUGCCUCAACAAACCCACCAGCAAACCAUCAAACCCAACCCCGAAAACACCAACGAUUUCGUUAACAGCCCAAAUCAACUGCUGCUUCACAGAAUCAACUAGCUUGUUGUACAACUCAAGCACAACCCUAAGAGUCAAACUAACAAAAAGGGCAUACCCAUCGGAGACCAAGCCAUGAAGAUGCUUAACAUGAAUCUUGGCAAACUGUGGUUCAGUUAGGACCCCGUAAAGAAGAGCAUGAUUGAGUUGGGAAUACUCCUGCGGGGUUGGGAUUGCUAUAGAAAAUGGGGGCCUUAAUCUGGGUUCAAGUUCCAUGAAAGCUUGCCUUAGUGAAGACUCAAACUCGUUUCCCGCUUCAUGGGUACCAACAUUCAGCAGCUUUGAUUCCAUAUCUUUUCUCGAUCUUGAGAAUAAAACAGAGACUAGAGUUAGCUCACCUGAUCAAGAUCACCUCCCGCUCCAAAAUGCCACUUCCUGGCAAUUCGGGAACUGCUUUUCCAAUUGUCGCCGCCACCGAGAGCGAGAUAAGGAGGCUGUCGCAUAUCUGAUCACGGGGAAGCACUGCUUGAAGGGAAUUUGACCCUUUUGGAGGAAGAAACUCGUCUGGCGAAAUUCCUCCACAUAUUCGCAGCAAGUUAAGAGAACUGUGCGGGCAGCUGCUGAGGGAUUGGAAGGGGACCCUAAAAAGGGUAUCUUGAAGGAAUACUGAGAGAAGCGAUCGUUGUUGAGUUUAAGAAGUUACGAUGUAGCGAUAAUGUGAAGGAGAUCAUGGGAUAUUGGAAAGAGUCAUGGAAGUGAAAAGCGGAGUGGGGAAGAAGGGAGAUCGAUUGCAGGCAGGCAGGCAGGCAGGAAACUGGGAAGGAGGUUUGAAGGGCUGAGCCGCUUUCAGAGUCAACCCCUCUUAAAAGCGUAACGUGUAUGGAGAUUCGCUACUGAUUUUGCCGACGGAAGGAAGCUCGGCGAGGGCGAAAGAAGGAAGAGAUAGUAUCUAACAGAGUAAGCGAGAUUGGGAAGAGAGUCGUGGCACGCUGCGGGUCCGACGAGAAGAGAAAUCAGAACGAGUGAAGAUCGAGGAGAGCGCAAGGUUUCUGCUUUGAAUUUCUUGACGCCGGAAAGGCUUUGUGAAAUGAGAGGAAGGAGUUACAGUCCAUCACCCCCAAGGAGCCACAGUAGGAGGAGGAGGAGUCCAAGUCCUAGGGGACGAUAUGGUAGUCGCGGAAGUGGGAGAGAUCAGCCUACUAGUCUUCUAGUUCGGAACCUUCGUCACGAUUGCAGACCAGAAGAUCUUCGUAGGCCCUUUGAACAGUUUGGUCCUUUGAAGGAUAUUUAUCUGCCCAAAGAUUAUUAUACUGGUGAACCUCGUGGUUUUGGGUUUGUCCAAUAUGUGGAUCCUCAUGAUGCUACUGAGGCCAAGCAUCAAAUGGAUGGUCGAGUUCUUCAUGGUCGCGAGUUAACUGUUGUGUUUGCGGAGGAGAACAGGAAGAAGCCUACUGAAAUGAGGACAAGGGAGCGAGGGAGCAGUAGAGGAGGAGGAGGAGGAGGAGGUCGAAUGCGUGACAGGAGGUGGUCCCCACCUCGUUAUUCCCGUUCACCUCCUCCACGCGGGCGUGCGAGAUCAAGGUCACGCAGUGGUGGUUAUUAUUCUCCACCUCCAAAACAACAAAGGCGAUACUCUAGAUCGGUAUCACCUCAAGAGGGGAGGUAUAGCAAAGAGAGGUCGUACUCACCUCGAUCGAGGAGCCGCAGCCAGACACCACCUCGUCCUCCGAGGAGGGCUCCAAGCGAGGAGGGAAAUGGGGUUGGGAGGAGCAGGAGUCCCAGCAGAAGCCGCAGUCCACCGCCACCUAGGAGGAGCAGGAGCCCUGCAGAUAGGUCCCUUAGCCCGUGAUUCUUCAGUCUGGGUGGAGAGUUAUUCUCUUCUCUCGCUCGCUCGUUCGUUCUGUGUCUUUUAAAACGGCCACCGAGUUUGCCCUGUAGCGGAUUUGGGGAUAUUUGGUAAGUGAUGUAGGCUGCAAUAUUCUCUGCUUCUGCUUUUUUUGUUUUGAUUCGGUAACCUGUAGCAUGGUUAACCUGCAACUUGGAAUUCUGUUGUUUUUAAUCCAACCAAGCCACUUUUAGCAUAAUAUUUCAUUUUGUUUUCGGUUACAA